CUUCUCCUCUUCUUGCUUUCUCACUCACAAUUCUCUCUCUUUCUCUUUCUCUCUGAAAUAUCUCUUUCUGAAAAGAUGGAGUACAAGGGCAAAACUGCAUCGUCACCGCCGCCGCUAACGCCGAUAACAGUUCCCUCUCCCUUCUCCAACUCUCCGUCUACUUUUCCUUCACUUUCUCAGCAAUCUUCUCCAACUACUUUUCCUUCGCCUUCUCAGCAAUCUUCUCCAACUACUUUUCCUUCGCCUUCUCAGCAAUCUUCUCCUCCGCCGGUUGUGCUUAGCCCCUGCGCCGCCUGCAAGAUCCUCCGUCGCCGAUGCGGCGAGAAAUGUGUUUUAGCUCCAUAUUUCCCUCCGACUGAGCCAUUCAAGUUCACCAUUGCUCAUAGGGUCUUUGGAGCUAGCAACAUCAGCAAGUUCUUGCAGGAACUUCCAGAGGAUCAAAGAGCAGAUGCAGUGAGCAGCAUGGUUUAUGAAGCAAAUGCCAGGAUUCGAGACCCAGUCUACGGCUGCGCCGGCGCAAUCAGUCAGCUUCAGAAACAAGUUAGCGAGCUCCAAGGGCAAUUGGCCAAGGCGCAAGCUGAGCUGGUGAACAUGCAGUACCAGCAAGCCAAUUUGGUUGCCUUAAUUUGCAUGGAAAUGACACAAUCUCAAGACCACAGCUUUCAGCAACAGCCGCCGUACGCUGACACAAGCUGUUUUUUGGACGACAGCAAUUUGGGCACGGCCUGGGAACCUCUUUGGACAUGAACAGGCUGGACCGAUCGACCAUCGACAAAACUCUAAUUAUCUUCCAAGUGGGGGAAGAACAUACUGAUCAGAAGAUUUGAAAUAAAGUAAUUUAAUUAGUUAUGGUAGAUAUAUAUGAGCAAUGAUGUUGUUUCUGUUGUCAUAAUUGACAAGUGAAACCUUUUCCCUACCAGUAAUCUUACGAGAAAAGGAGCUAAGAAAAAAAAAAAAAAAUGUAGGAAUUAAUUAAGGUUGUCCUUAUCCUUAAUUAUUCUAAGUCUAUGCUAUAUAUUCUUGUAUCAAAGACCUAACUUUAUCUUCUAUACAUAUUCAUGAGUUACCUUGUCAGACUGGCA